AUGCCUGCAUGCACCCCGUUGAUGCCACCACACUUCCAUCUCAAGGCCAUCACUGCCCUAUCACCACGACUACGAGGGCGACUGCCACCCCUUCAGCCUCGGCUGGCAGCCCUCAACACUCGCCUCUAUUCAGCUGUCACAGCGCCACCACGAUGCGAGCGCAUCCAAGUCCCGUGUCGGUCAAACGGCUCCUUCACGGUUGACGUUUUCCAUGCUGCAAAGCCUGCCGCUCCCAUUCUGCUCUACCUUCCACCUGGUCCCGUGCUGCCAGAAUAUCCAGAGGAAGAAGAGCGUGUCAUCGCGACGCUGCGUGAAGCAAGCGCGACGACUGUUGUCCGUAUCAACUAUCGCGCAUCGUCGGUGCAUCAGUAUCCUACACCUUGUCAUGACGUAUUGCUUGGCUACGAUUGGGUCCGAGAUCAUUUGCUUCUGGAUGAAUUCAAACGGCCCUAUCUAACCCGUAUGGGGGUUUGCGGGGAACUUGUGGGAGGCUCAUUGGCGACCAUGCUGGCCUUGACCGAAUGUCGUCUGGGCGAAAGCCGCAUUGGCGCCGCAGCUGUCAACAAUCCCAUUGUAGAUUGGGUCUUCCCCGACGAGCUUCCAGUUGUCAAGCCUGAAGACCUACCAGAACCCUUGUACGGCGAUGAGACAGCACUCCUUUCCGACGAGGAUUUGGCGGGCUCUUUGGCCAGUGUCGAGAUAGACCAAGACGCUACACAACAAGGGCAGAAGCUCAAGAAAAAACGCGCACCAAAAGCCCCUCCUCCUACGGCUUGGCAAACCUAUGGGGAUAACGACGUUAUACCCACCUUGACUCUUUCAGGAGAGCGCGAUGUCCUGUUCAGAAAGCCUGACGACUACUUUGAUCGCUUUGCCUCUCCAAUGCAUUUUUUUCGUUCUCCUCACGCACAGCUACUCUAUCCUCAGCCAGACAAUCCCACCACUGCCCAGCAGCUCGAUGACCUUCUCGACAUGGAGACUCAGCUUGCCCUCAGCCACUACGCCACCUUUGAAGACAACGUCAACUUUAGCCCUAGAGCGCCGCCGGCAUUGCCAACCCUAAGCAGAUGCCGUGCUUAUGCCCGACAUUACCCUCCGGCCGGCACUAGGCUUAGUCUUCCAGUUUGGAACAUUACUAUCGGACUACAGAGCCCUCUGUCAGAUAUCACAUUAGAGCUGGCCAAGAUGCUACGAAGAAGCAUCGCCCGUCAAACACUGAAAUCGCACUCUGGAAGAAGUCGGUGGCACGAUGCAGUUGAAAAAAAGCAGUACGAAGAUUUUGCGCAUGAUCGCGUCCAGCUGAACUCAUAUCAGGGCAUAGGGCUUUGGACACAGCAGGAUGACAAUCCGAAAUGGGAACAACGCGUGCAGGAAGUAGGAAUAUGGAUGAAACAACGUCUAGACCCUGCCUUUACAUGAAUAACCGUACCUCUCAUACAACGCUAAAUAUAUCUGGUCCAAUCCACC